UUCCCCCACCUCCCUCUAUCGCCAGUAGUUGCCGAGGAGUGCCGUGAAAAUGUACGCGCCGCUCCUUGGGCUUAAGAAACCAAGAUACGAUAGUUGUGUGCGACGUUAGCCGUCGAUAUUUGUUGUGCUAGAGGCACACAAUAAAACCUCCCUCACCACCUUUCACGAUCUAACCAUUCAUUAACCAUUUCGCGGUGCGGGACGUUGGUGCUCAUCGAUAGUGUUUAAAGCCGUUUAAUAUAUGGAGGGACAAGGGGAAUCAUCGACGUCCGGCAUAUCACCGCGAUCAGAAUGACGAACGCCAGCGAACAGAGCUCCGAAGGCUCAGAGGACUCUCCUCAUCUCGACGAAUUGCCUCUUGAGAUACUCUUGCUCAUCUUCGAGUAUUGCCAUGCUGUUGACCUAGUGCGACUCAGUGCUGUAUGCACCCGCUUCUACAAAGUCGUUAAUGACGAGGUGCUCUGGUAUAGACGCACCAAGCAUUCCAUCGCGACCAACCAAGUUUCCAAACGAUUCCGCUCGAGAUGCAAUCCAGUUCUUUGUCAACGUAAAAAAUGGCAAGUGACACACAAUUGGGAGUAUGGACGAUACCAAAAAAGCCUACUAUUUUCACAAAAUAUAAAAUUGAUGCCAUGGAUUCAGCUCACGGAUGAAGUUUUGUGGUGGAGUGGUGGUAAUCAAUUGUGUGGAUAUUGGAGAAGCGAUCCAUUUAAAAUAUCCAAUAAAAUUUUUGAUCAAUACACCCACAGCGAUAUUUGUAAAUUUAUUGUUCGAGAUAAUUAUAUCAUCAGUGGUCAUAGAGAUGGAAGCCUUAAGUUUUGGUUAAAAAAUAUAGUAUAUGGUGUUAAUCAUUACUACACUGGUAUCGAAGAUGCACAUUCUAGAGAUGUAGAUGCGGUAGAUGAAACUGGAAAUUUAGUUAUAUCAGGGUCGGCUGAUGGUAUUGUAAAAGCAUGGUCCUCUCCUAAGAAUGAAAAUAAUUUCUCCGAUCUACCAUUAGCUACUAUAAGAAUCAGUGAUCGUAUUUGGUCACUUGCUGCUGAUCCAACGGGCAGUAAACUAGCUAUAGGUUCCUCUGGAACUACUGGUCCUGCACUUUAUAUUUGUGAUACUAUCAAUUUUAAUCAUUCUCAUGUAAUUAAUCAUCCAUGGAGACAAGGUGCUGGUAUUUUAGACAUGGUAUGGGACAAUCCUCAAACUUUGCUCACUUGCGGCUAUGACACAUGUAUUCGAAAAUGGGAUUUACGAAUAGGAAAAUGUGUUAGUCAUUGGUCCGAUCCCACUGAUGCAACUAUUUACUGUAUAUCGUCAGAUUACAAUUAUACCAUGGUAACGGGUACCCAGUUCAAUUGCAAAGCUGUUUUGUGGGAUCAACGUAAGCCACAAUACGUUCAGCUAUAUUUCAUGAAUCUUCGACGCAUGUCCAGCCCGAUUUAUAGUGUAUCAUUCGAUAGUAGUCAUCUUUAUGGAGCUACUGAUCAGACCGUGAUGGAGGUGAAAUUUUCGGGAAAACCAGAUAUUAAGAAGAAUUAUCGUGAAAUUAUGAAAUAUGAAAAUUUAUCAUUCGAUAGAUGAAAUUAAUGAAACUAUUGAAACAAAAUUUAAUGAA